AUGAUAAAACUGACAGUUACUUACCCUGAAGCACCUGACUGCAAGUCAAUACAGAUGUUAGCCUCUGUUACAAUCUCACAGGGCAGUUUUGAUGGGAAGUGCAUGCUGUACGGUUCAGUGCGUCUGAACUCCUCAUCCAUCGCUGUGCUUUCAUCCAGUUCUCCUUCCCUUUGUUACUUUGUGUCAGCCAUCUCAGUGUGUGUGGUCGUCUUCUGCUUUUCACUCGCUCUCUACUGGAUCUACAUGGCCUGUGUUGACAGAGAGGUGAAAAGAGAGAAAUUAUGGAUGAAUGUUACUCUUGGCUUGUCUGGAGUCUUCCUCUUCUUGCUCUUGGUGACGGGAUGCAUCCUGAAAAUCGGCCGAGACAGACUGUGUGACUCGGUGAUUCAAACAGCAAAAAAUGUAACCAGGUGUGAAGAAGCACAAAAUAAGCCUUGGUUGAGCCCUAUAAAUGUGAGUCAGUUCUACUCCAGACUACACAGUGCAGAGUAUGGGUGAAUUUCUUCUUUUGGUUGAUCAUAGCAGUUGUGGUCCUGCUCCAGCGUAACAACGGGUCAGAAAUCCGGUCAGAAGGAGAGGACCCAUCAGCGACCCCCUCUGAAACGGAGCCCUUCUUCAACCGGCCAGGAUGUUCUUAGUGAACAGAGAUACAGCUAAUCUAUGUCGCUCCACACUAAAGCAGUCUAUGUGCCGCUUGAACACACUCACUCACACGUACAUACGCUCGCAUUGACAAUCACACUGCUGGCUAGCUGAGCCGAGAGCAUUUUGGCAGCUCCAGUAUACGCAUUUUUACCAAGGGUUAGUUGCCAUGGUUACUGAUCUGUGGCUGGCAGCACAGACCUGGCAGGUGAUAGUGUGCGGUUGCCAGAUUGGUGGUGUGACCUGAACUGAUUGAGACACAGCUUUAUGCAAAGAGAUCAAAUCUGACAACAUUGUCAGUGUUUUCAUAAGCAGCAAAACAAUAUCAAAAAAUAAACUUGAGGAGCUCAUACUCAAAUCUUCAAAGAAGGCACUCUCAUUUCAUGAGAACAUAUGUCAAUUCAAAGACUUUUGUAGAAAAACAACCAUUAAACUGAACCUAACUGACCUGGAGUCAAACCAAGAUAACCACUGUACUGUAACUUUUAACUUAAGCCUGCUCUUUGUUAAUGUACAACUUUUCGCCCUCUGCUGUCUGUUUAUAUGAAUUACUCCAUAAAUCCCAUUAGACGGUGCUCGUGUGCCUAUUUUUUGGGCCAGGAAUCUCCCACAAGUGUUUUUCCCCCCUAAUUUCACAUUUCUCCUACUCAUAGUCCUUGGCGUCCUUAACAUGAGCAAAACUGCUUGAGAGUGUCUUUCCGAGAGUGUUUGGCUAUUAAUCUUGUGCCCAGUAGAGAUGUCAUUUUUUAAUGGCUUUUUCCUGCACACAGCCACGGGAGGUGGAAGUGUGUGUGUGUGUGUGUUUGGGAUGACAGGGACAUAAAUCCAUAAUUUAGCCUGUGAUGGUAUCCGCUUUACACAGGCGAAGUGCCAAAUCCGUGCUGCUGCCCACAGCACUAAAGUCCUCCGAAACACAGUGUCCUUCCGCCCAUCCCGGCAACACAGUGUCCAGGUCCAGUGUCCACUAAAUGUUUCAUCAUCAUCGAAUCAUAUCUCCUCCUCUUUUCCACAACUUUUUGUACAUUUUCAUUUAACUUACUACUAUUGUUUUAGAACUGCUGGUUAUGGAUUAUACACUGACAUUUUUUAUGAAUACUAAAUCUGUUGUAUAACCCGCUAUGUCAGA